AUGGAGCUGACCCCACAACAAGAACACUAUUUCAAACGAGAACUGAUCUCUCUGGAACUCGAACGAGAGCUUGACGCAUUUGAACAACACCCAGAGAUACUAUCCAAUGUUAUCAAGAAGGACGCUUCCGAUUACCCGUUCCUUCAGUUCAUUGCCCACCGCUUCGUCUUGAACUUUCCGCUACUUCAAAAGGGCGACGAAAGACAAUUCUGGAACAAGCUACAGUCCUUCCUUGACGAAUACUAUAAAUUGAAAAUAAACAAUUAUGCACCCAGACGAGAGGACUCACAGCGUCGUAUCAUGCUCUAUAAGCUCCAGCGGCUCUUGAACAUUUCGUUAUCUGCUGUCAUCAAGACGACACGGCCGGAAGAAAGGAUUCAAGUGAUGAGGCAAGAUAUGGGCGAACUAGCCACAGACAUGAGCCUAGCCCAUCUCGAGAGCGAGGAAGAUUAUCUAGAGUGGAUUGGCAUGAAUGGAAUCAAGGUCAACAUCAUCACAGUGCGUGACGUGAGCGAAGUGAGAACGAUUCGAGAACACGUUCAUUCUGAAUUCAUUAUCGAAACCCGCACAGACAAGGUCGUACGUGUUGCCAGACGUCACGGUCAGUUCCGUCAGCUUCGUGACGACCUCAAGGCAGCUUUUCCUACUGCCGAGAUUCCAACUGUGCCGAGCAAGGCACACGACACGAAUGCGCAAGUGAGUUGUCUGCAUCGAGAAAAGGAUCGUAUCCUCCUUCGUCUCUUUCUCCGACGACUCGCCUCAAUCACAGCCGUGGCCGAGAGCGAGAUCUUUUACAACUUUUUGACCGACAAACCAAUCGAGCUGACCAAGGAGGAAGAAAAGGACCGCGACGAGCGUGAAAAGAUGGAUAUGAACAGACGUAAGGAAGAAAAGAGGUUUAGAGAACAAGUGGAUAGUAAAAUUGUCGAGUUGGAUGCUCUCCUCAAUAUGCUCAAGCAGAAAGUGAUGCAACCCAAUGGGCUACUGGAGAUCUUUGAGACGAUCAAAAAGACAGAGAAAAUCGAUCAGUUGCCAGUUGAGUUACAAAAGGCGAUCGAGUGGGGAAGAAUCAAUCUUGCCUUUGUUCUACAUACUCAGUUUGUCACGUCGGAUCGAUCUGUCGAAAACGUGGCUAAUUUGAAACGUACGCAUUCACUCAUACCUUACCGUACCAUGGCUCAAAUCCUCAAGUUGUCAAACCCGUUUGCGAUGGUCAAGGGUGUGCUUGAUCUCUUUUUGGCUCAACCGUUUGGUGGAAAGAGUCUUUUUCAGAGAAUCAUUUUGGCCAAUUUGAGUGAGGAGUCUAAAGAGAUGCAAAAGGAUAUUCAAGAACUCGAGGCCAAGAUCAACGAUGCAGCUCUUUGUCAAAAGAUAUCGAAUGCGGUCAAGACAGAGAUGCCCGUCGAUAUUGAAGCAGGCGAUGAUCCUAUAUCAGAAACACUCGAGCUGUUAAAGAACCCAGCGAUCGAGCCUGUGCUGAGACCAGACCAGAUCCUAAAGGUGGCCUUUGCUCACCAACAAGACGAACCUCGUCAGCUAGUGAUGUACCUGUACCAACUCUGGGUAUUGUAUGCCAAAAAGCAAGAACAAGAGACACUCAUGGCUCUCGUCUUCCAAGGCGUCACGGGCGAGCUUAUGAAGGACCUGUUUGCGAUCUUUUAUGAGCCAUUGGCCGAAGUGUACAAAGCGGCCAACAUUGGCGAUACCAUCGGCCACGUGUCACAUUUCAUCGAUGACCUCAUCCAGCUCAUUGAUCAGCUUGAUGCUCAAGACGCCACAAACACCGCUCAGCCGUUCAUUGACCUCGUCCAGCGCCACGAGCAGCAAUUUUACACAUUUGUUCACCGCGUGCACGCUCAGGACCACUCACGACUGUUUGACAGCCUAUUGGCUUAUGUUAAUUCUAUUUUUAGCCUUAUUUCUCACGGUCUGCCCGCGCGCGUGGACCUCAAUGGCUGUGUGCAAGACGCUCUGACGCAGACCGAGUACCCAGGAUUGAAGGCAGAGAUUGAUGCAUUAUGCUUGUACCACAAGGAACGAAAACAACGACACUUGGAACGCAAGCGUCAAAAGCUCAUGAUGACAGUGGAUGAUGAAGAAGAGCUUGAUUUUGUCCCAGGCAAUAAGGAAUUUAUGAGCAUUGCAAGUGAGUUUGCAGAUAUGGAUGAUGACGUCGAUGAUUUAUUGCCAAAACAUGAAAUGAACCUACAUCGUCCCAAACUUCAGCUGGUGCCCAAGGUGGUGCCCUUCUUUAUCCGUCGAUUGACUCACCAUGGUGUGUUGGGUUGA